AUGUGGAACGCUGUCUACGCCUCCUUCGACGGCUCGCGCCACCACACGGUCACCAAGGUGCUGGCCCACGCCUCCGCCGCCGACAUGGAGGCGGACCGCGCGACCUGGUGGCAGCGGGCAGGCAACAGGCUCGCAGACGAGGCAGCGAAGGAGGGAGCGAAGCUGGCGCUGGGCGACGACCAGCUGAACUUAGCCUACGGCCUCGACCUCAUCGCACGGGAGGCGAUGAUCUUCACGGAGAAGCUCCACGCGCGCAUGGCGGAUCGGAAGCUGCUCGACCAUGCCAGCGACGUCAUCCAGGAGUUCUCGGAGCCCGAGGCGGGCCACGAGGGGCGCGAGUCCAGCGGGGGCCAAGCUGCCGAGGCCGCCUGGGGGGCUGCUGGCGCGGCGGCUGUGGCCCUGGCUGCUGCGCGGGCCUCGGCGGAGGGCGACGAGCCCCCUGCAGCUCGGCGACCUCGACAGCCGUGGUCGAUCGGAGGCCAUUCAAUCGUCGAGCGAGCCGUCGCGGGGCCUGGCACGGACGGCACCACCAUGGUCCACUGCGCGAAGUGCUACGCCUACGCCCACCAGCGCAUGCAGGGCAUCCUCGGGCCGCGCGGCUCGGGGGCAGGUCGUGAGCCACAGAUCGAUAGGAUUCGCAGAGGGCUCUUCCCUAAUGUGAAGGGCGGCCGUGGAGCCUGGCGCUUGGGGGGGCAGCUUUUUCCCUCCGAGGCCUGGCGUACGAAAUUCAGCCAGAGGCUUUCGCCCGCCGCCGCCCCCGAGGCCAGCAGGGCCACGGGCAGCGGGCAGCAGGGCCCUGCUCAGCGCCUGGCCCGCUCGCGCGCGCUGCUGCGCUUCGGUGUAGGGCCCGAGCAGGAGGCCGACUUCCUUUCCUGGUCGGCCAAGCAGCGAGCCGAUCGGAGGUCCAAGGGAGACCCCGACGAGCUCGAAGGGGAGGCUUCUGACUAA